AUGCGCGCACAGCACGUCGAUGCGAUGAGUUGCGCGGUUGAGUCGAUGUUGAAGGCGCAGCCAGGGAAGGACUCGGAUGCUGCAGCAGACGAGGAGGAACAGGUCGAUGAUGGACAUAGCAGUGGUGAGACGUGCGCGUCUGAUGAAGUGGAAGUGGAGAGAGAAAAAGAGGACUCGGGCAGUGACAUGUCGGAUCAUCUCCUCUCCACCAUCCACCAGCCCGACUACAUCCAUGCACCAGUCAUGGCCCUCACGGAAGACGAUGUGGCCGUUCACUCCAACGACUACUGCUGCCGUCAUUGGCACUUGGGCGCAUUCAAGACUGCGAUGCAGCACACACGAGAUGGACUGGAUGCUCCGCAGGCCCUACGUGCUGCGCUUGGGAGGCAAGCGGCGCUCGCCGAAGGCUCCGUGGCCAUGAUGGGCAGAAUUACUGGAGAGAGGUCGAAUAUCCUCGGAAAGAUAAUCGAUGGUCUCAAGGAGUUGAUUGUCGGCAUGACGGCGGAUGCCACACGGCGAUUCUUUGCGGACCAUCUACCGAAGAGCAGUCCUCGAAAACAAAACCCGCAGCCUGAUCGUCCGAGCCUCGAGGCGAUCCCAACGAGAUCCAUCGCAAGCGUGUCAGGCCGCACAAGAGACACGUAUAUGUGCGACGAAGCGGUCUACGGCAAGAGGAGCAUGAGUAUGUCUCGGAAGACUGAGCAUUGCGAAUUUGCACAAGGGCACAACUUACGACUAAUACCACACUCCGUCGCUGGAUUCCAUGAAGGGCUCUGUUUGUCCCUCGCCACAUUCUGCUAUUUCACACCUCACUACUCCUCCUUCAUUCUCUCAACCGAUUAG